UAAUCUGGGUUAUUUCAGAACUGAUUUAAUCAAAUGAUUCCCAACAAUAUUUAAAAUGUAACCAAAACUUUUUGUUCUUAGAAGAAUUUAAAGCCCAUUUUGAAUGUUCAGAGUAUCGCCGAUAGUGACGUCACUUCCUCUGCAGAGGGCUGCAAUGGUAGUCAAAACUAAAAACAAGGUAAAAAUAACUCUUUUGCUGCGUUAAAGAAGCGUAAUGCAGAAUUUAAAGCCUUUCAUCAAUUAAACUUUUAUGAGUCCAAAUGAAAAAAAAAUACAUCCUGAAGUGUUUACUUCCUCCUUGAAGCAUCCGGUUGUAGUUUUAUUUCAUAAAUCUGAUUUCGGGAACGCUUUAAGCAUUUCACACACAGAGAGGCAAUUCAGGGUGCAAGAAAACGUUUAAAUCGACUAAAUCAUAAGAAUUUUACAACAUAAAAAGAUCAAACCCCUUCUACAGGAAAGGACCCCAGUCACGUGAUGGGUUGUUACCAUGGCAGCGCCUUAUGUUGACGUACGGACUCGCCUGCGAGCGGACGGAAGGUUAACGGCGUGAUUUUAUCCGUCCGACUGCUGCUGUGUGAAACGAUGCCUCCGCGGACUAAACAGAAGAAUCCCGGAAAGGGGAAGUCCUCCGCGGAAAUGGGUCGUCUGUCCACGGAGGAAAUGUCCAAGGAUCAGCUGGAGGAGCACAUCGUUCGUCUCCGGGAGGAGCUGGACAGAGAGCGCGAGGAGAAGAGCUUCUUCCAGCUGGAAAGGGAUAAAACCCAAGACUUCUGGGAAAUCUCCAAGAGGAAACUGCAGGAGGCCAAAGCGGAGCUGAGGAACAGGGACAGAGAGAGGGACGAGGCCGAGGAGCGCCACCAAGUAGAGAUCACAGUCUACAAGCAGAAGCUGAAACACGUCUUGUCUGAACAGCAGAAUACCAUUUCAGAGAUGAAGAUGGACACCGCCUGCUCGGCCCUACUGGUCCAAAACCAGAACACGGACUCGGGGCUCGAGCUGCACAGAGGUCUUCAGAACCUUCAGAUGGAUUUUCAGGAGAAGCUAAUCCAGGAGGGCAUCUCCAUCAUGGAGCUGAGGCAGAAACACCAGGUGGAGCUGAUGGAGCUCAACAACAAGUACCGUCACAGGCUGAAAGAGGUGGAGCAAACGUUCCAACAGAGGAUGGACUUUCUAGUGACAAUGGAGGACAAGAAGAGGGAGUCAGCCAUCAGAGAGCUGGAGAACCAUUUGGAGAACCGCAUGGGCUCUGUGAUCCAAGAUCAGGACCGGGUUCUGAGACAAGCUGAAGAGUUCUACACUCAAGUAAUCAAAAAACAGCUAUCGGAUCAGGAGGUUCCGAAGGCAGAGGCGCUGCGGUCUGAGAUGAUCCAGAAGAACAGAAAGCUUGAAAGAGCUCAGCAGAAGGAGAAGGUUCUGAAGAGGUCACUGAAGGAGGCGGAACAGAAGGUGCUGGAGCUGCAGGAGCAGCUUCAGAAACACGUCCGGUUCCAGGAAGCCAUGAAGGAGAACCAAGGUCAGCAGAAGGUGGUGGAGAAGGAGCUCAAAGAUCUGAUGGUGGAGUACGAGCUGCUCCUACAGGCCUUCCAGAAGGUGGAGCAGGAGCGAGACGAGCUGCUCCAGCGACAAAUGGAAAGCAUUCUGGAUGUGCAGCAGAGGAGCAGCCUGAAGAGGAUUCUGCUGGAGAAGAAGUUGUCUGCUCUGACAGAAACACUGGAGGAGAAGGAGGCACAGCUCUGCACCACGCUGUCGGUGUCCAGCAUCGACCCGACAACCCGCAACGCCGCCGCCAACAAGCUGCAGGAGGUUCUGGAGGGUAAACGGGCCACCAUCGACGCUCUGCAAGCAGACUUGGCUGGAGAGUCCAUGGAAGACAGCCAGCUGCUGCACAGCUGGAAGGAGCAGCUGCAGGCUACAGGUGUCUCACCGCAGGACGUCCCCUCCAGAACCACAGAGCACAUCCUGGAGGGAACAUCAUCUGUCAGCUAAAGCCCAGAGACAGACGUCUGCUCCUGGACUCUAAGGGCGUCGGAUAAAAGUUGGAAUCUCUACCUGAUAAACUGUUGAGAUGAACGAUCCAAACUGCUCUGAAGCUCAACAGAACUGACAGUUGAAGAAUGUCUUCUUAAGUUUUUCAAUUAAAAAUAAAACUGACAUGGAAACCUAAA